AUGACAGGAUUACCGCCCCAAGAGUUAGUAAGAGACACAAAACUGAGAAAUAUAUCAAAUUACAGCCUGGGGGAGCUCUACGACCCUUUGGCCCUGGGGGAGCUCUACGACCCUUUGGCCCUGGGGCGAGCUCUACGACCCUUUGACCCUGGGGCGAGCUCUACGACCCUUUGGCCCUGGGGCGAGCUCUACGGCCCUUUGGCCCUGGGGGAAGUCUACGGCCCUGGGGGAGCUCUACGGUCCUCUGGCCCUGGGGGAGCUCUACGGCCCUCUGGCCCUGGGGAAGCUCUACGGCCCCUCUGGCCCUGGGGGAGCUCUACGGCCCUCUGGCCCUGGGGGAGGUCUACGGCCCUGGGGGAGCUCUACGGCCCUCUGGCCCUGGGGGAGCUCUACGGCCCCUCUGGCCCUGGGGGAGCUCUACGGCCCUGGGGGAGCUCUACGGCCCUCUGGCCCUGGGGGAGCUCUACGGCCCCUCUGGCCCUGGGGGAGCUCUACGGCCCUUUGGCCCUGGGGGAGGUCUACAGCCCUGGGGGAGCUCUACGGCCCCUCUGGCCCUGGGGGAGUUCUACGGCCCCUCAGGCCCUGGGGGAGCUCUUCGGCCCUCUGGCCCUGGGGGAGCUCUACGGCCCUCUGGCCCUGGGGGAGCUCUACGGCCCUCUGGCCCUGGGGGAGCUCUACGGCCCUCUGGCCCUGGGGGAGCUCUACGGCCCUCUGGCCCUGGGGGAGCUCUACGGCCCUCUGGCCCUGGGGGAGCUCUACGGCCCUCUGGCCCUGGGGGAGCUCUACGGCCCUCUGGCCCUGGGGGAGCUCUACGGCCCUCUGGCCCUGGGGGAGCUCUACGGCCCUCUGGCCCUGGGGGAGCUCUACGGCCCUCUGUACUGCCCCUACACCGUCCCCUGCACCAAGUACUGCCCCUACACCGUGCCCUGCACCAAGUACUGCCCCUACACCGUGCCCUGCACCAAGUACUGCCCCUACACCGUCCCCUGCACCAAGUACUGCCCCUACACCGUCCCCUGCACCAAGUACUGCCCCUACACCGUGCCCUGCACCAAGUACUGCCCCUACACCGUCCCCUGCACCAAGUACUGCCCCCUACACCGUGCCCUGCACCAAGUACUGCCCCCUACACCGUCCCCUGCACCAAGUACUGCCCCUACACCGUGCCCUGCACCAAGUACUCCCCCUACACCGUCCCCUGCACCAAGUACUGCCCCCUACACCGUCCCCUGCACCAAGUACUGCCCCCUACACCGUGCCCUGCACCAAGUACUGCCCCCUACACCGUGCCCUGCACCAAGUACUGCCCCCUACACCGUCCCCUGCACCAAGUACUGCCCCUACACCGUGCCCUGCACCAAGUACUGCCCCUACACCGUGCCCUGCACCAAGUACUGCCCCUACACCGUCCCCUGCACCAAGUACUGCCCCUACACCGUCCCCUGCACCAAGUACUGCCCCUACACCGUCCCCUGCACCAAGUACUGCCCCUACACCGUCCCCUGCACCAAUACUGCCCCUACACCGUCCCCUGCACCAAGUACUGCCCCUACACCGUCCCCUGCACCAAGUACUGCCCCUACACCGUGCCCUGCACCAAGUACUGCCCCCUACACCGUCCCCUGCACCAAGUACUGCCCCCUACACCGUGCCCUGCACCAAGUACUGCCCCCUACACCGUCCCCUGCACCAAGUACUGCCCCUACACCGUGCCCUGCACCAAGUACUCCCCCUACACCGUCCCCUGCACCAAGUACUGCCCCCUACACCGUCCCCUGCACCAAGUACUGCCCCCUACACCGUGCCCUGCACCAAGUACUGCCCCCUACACCGUGCCCUGCACCAAGUACUGCCCCCUACACCGUCCCCUGCACCAAGUACUGCCCCUACACCGUGCCCUGCACCAAGUACUGCCCCUACACCGUGCCCUGCACCAAGUACUGCCCCUACACCGUCCCCUGCACCAAGUACUGCCCCUACACCGUCCCCUGCACCAAGUACUGCCCCUACACCGUCCCCUGCACCAAGUACUGCCCCUACACCGUCCCCUGCACCAAGUACUGCCCCCUACACCCUCCCCUGCACCAAGUACUGCCCCUACACCGUCCCCUGCACCAAGUACUGCCCCUACACCGUCCCCUGCACCAAGUACUGCCCCUACACCGUGCCCUGCACCAAGUACUGCCCCCUACACCGUCCCCUGCACCAAGUAGUGCCCCUACACCGUGCCCUGCACCAAGUACUGCCCCCUACACCCUCCCCUGCACCAAGUACUGCCCCUACACCGUCCCCUGCACCAAGUACUGCCCCUACACCGUCCCCUGCACCAAGUACUGCCCCUACACCGUGCCCUGCACCAAGUACUGCCCCCUACACCGUCCCCUGCACCAAGUACUGCCCCCUACACCGUGCCCUGCACCAAGUACUGCCCCCUACACCGUCCCCUGCACCAAGUACUGCCCCUACACCGUGCCCUGCACCAAGUACUCCCCCUACACCGUCCCCUGCACCAAGUACUGCCCCCUACACCGUCCCCUGCACCAAGUACUGCCCCUACACCGUGCCCUGCACCAAGUACUGCCCCUACACCGUCCCCUGCACCAAGUACUGCCCCCUACACCGUCCCCUGCACCAAGUACUGCCCCUACACCGUGCCCUGCACCAAGUACUGCCCCUACACCGUGCCCUGCACCAAGUACUGCCCCUACACCGUGCCCUGCACCAAGUACUGCCCCCUACACCGUCCCCUGCACCAAGUACUGCCCCUACACCGUGCCCUGCACCAAGUACUGCCCCUACACCGUCCCCUGCACCAAGUACUGCCCCUACACCCUCCCCUGCACCAAGUACUGCCCCUACACCGUGCCCUGCACCAAGUACUGCCCCUACACCGUGCCCUGCACCAAGUACUGCAGCACCGCCUGUCACACUGGAGAUAAUGCACGAUGA